UUGUUUUCUAUCCUACGUGUAGAGCGUGAGCUAUGUUGUGUUCAGCAAUUUAAGAAGCACUGAUUGUUUAUUUACAUCGUGUUAACUUGUAACAAAUUAUUACAAAACUAUCAAGAUGGUUCUUGCAGAUUUAGGGCGCAAAAUAACGAAUGCGUUGCGUUCACUUAAUAAUGCAACCAUUAUAAAUAAGGAGGUUUUAGAUUCUAUGCUAAAAGAAAUAUGCACAGCUCUGCUUGAAGCUGAUGUGAAUAUAAAGCUUGUAAAACAACUACGGGAAAAUGUCAGAUCUGUUAUUGAUUUCGAUGAAAUGGCUGCUGGUCUUAAUAAAAGGCGCAUGAUACAGUCUGCAGUCUUUAAAGAAUUAAUAAAACUUGUUGAUCCUGGCGUGAAAGCUUGGCAGCCAACAAAAGGAAAACCUAAUGUGAUAAUGUUUGUUGGACUACAAGGCAGUGGUAAAACUACCACUUGUACAAAACUUGCAUACUAUUACUUAAAAAAAGGAUGGAAAACAUGCUUAGUUUGUGCUGACACGUUUCGAGCUGGUGCCUUUGAUCAAUUGAAACAGAAUGCUACAAAAGCUAGAAUACCAUUUUAUGGAAGUUACACUGAAGUUGAUCCAGUAGUUAUUGCUCAAGAAGGUGUGGAUAAAUUUAAAAAUGAAAAUUUUGAGAUAAUUAUUGUAGAUACUAGUGGUAGGCAUAAACAAGAAGAUUCUCUAUUUGAAGAAAUGUUGCAAGUUUCUAAUGUUACAAAUCCAGAUAAUAUUAUCUUCGUAAUGGAUGCUUCAAUUGGCCAAGCUUGUGAGGCCCAAGCUAGAGCUUUUAAAGAAAAGGUUGAUGUUGGAGCUGUGAUAGUAACUAAAUUAGAUGGUCAUGCAAAAGGUGGUGGAGCUUUGAGUGCGGUAGCUGCUACUCAGAGUCCUAUAAUUUUUAUAGGGACAGGAGAACAUAUAGAUGAUUUUGAACCAUUUAAAGUAAAACCAUUUGUUAGUAAAUUACUGGGUAUGGGAGAUAUUGAAGGCCUUAUUGAUAAAGUAAAUGAAUUAAAAUUAGAUGACAAUGAAGAAUUAAUUGAGAAAUUGAAGCAUGGUGAAUUCACAUUAAGAGACAUGUAUGAACAGUUUCAAAAUAUAAUGAAAAUGGGCCCGUUUAGUCAAAUAAUGGGUAUGAUUCCAGGUUUCAGUAGCGAUUUCAUGACAAAAGGAAAUGAACAAGAAUCUAUGUCUAGGCUUAAAAAACUUAUGACAAUCAUGGAUAGUAUGAAUGAUAGAGAAUUAGACCAUCGAGAAGGAGCCAAACUUUUUUCUAGACAACCUGGUCGUAUUACUAGGGUUGCAAGAGGUGCUGGUGUCGCCACUAGAGAUGUUCAAGAAUUGUUGUCUCAAUAUACAAAGUUUGCAGCAAUGGUGAAGAAAAUGGGUGGCAUUAAAGGUUUAUUUAAAGGAGGUGAUAUUGCUAAAAAUGUCAAUUCUGUUCAAAUCAAUAAACUGAAUCAACAGAUGGCAAAAAUGAUGGAUCCUAGAGUUCUACAACAAAUGGGAGGUAUAAGUGGACUACAAAGUAUGAUGAGGCAAUUGCAAGGUGCAGCUUCAAAUAACCUUGGCCAUAACAUGAGAUCUGGCAAGUGACCAAGUUGAUUCCUUAGUGCUUUCUAUACCUUAAGUUAUAUUGUGAUCAGAGUUCUGGUCAAAACUAUAACUGUAAGGCACUCUGUGAUGGAUCAAAACAAAAGGUUUAAGAAAUAUUUAAAAGGUAGAUGCUCUUGAGCCAUUCCUACCUAUGUAUGAUACAUCUUUUGUAUACAAUUUUAUUGACUGUUAAAAACAUAAUUAGUGAAAAGAAAAUCAUUUUACAUGAUAUUAAUCCUGUAUUAUGAGAUUCUUUUUAAAUAUCAAAUGAAUUGUAAAUAUGCCAAAAUAUGUAUAUCUUAUUCCUUAUCAGAGAAUAUGACCCAUCAAUUAAAAUAUAUGUUUGGUUUUA